UUUAUGCUCUGCAAGAUAAAACUGCCACUUAGAGCCCAGGAGCGCUAAACCUUCCUGGGCUGGCCUGGGGGCUCGAGCAGAGCUAUGGGUUUCCUGGCCCUACAGCUGUGCGCGCUCUCCUGCCUGGUGGCUCCCUGGGUUUCUGGCAGCCCCAUCAUGAGCCUGGAGCAGUCGCCUCUGGAAGAAGAUAUGCCACUCUUUGACGAUGUCUUCUCGGAGCAAGAUGGUGUCGACUUCAACAGCCUGCUCCAGAGCAUGAAGAACGAGUUUCUCAAGACAUUGAACCUGUCUGACAUCCCGAUGCAGGACUCAGCCAAGGUCGACCCCCCCGAGUACAUGCUGGAACUCUACAAUAAAUUUGCCACAGAUCGGACCUCCAUGCCCUCUGCCAACAUCAUUAGGAGUUUCAAGAAUGAAGAUCUGUAUUCCCAACCUGUCAGUUUUAAUGGGCUCCGAAAAUACCCUCUCCUCUUCAAUGUGUCCAUCCCUCACCAUGAAGAGGUCACCAUGGCUGAACUCAGGUUGUACACCCUGGUGCAAAGAGAUCGCCUGAUGUAUGAAGGCGUGGACCGGAAGAUUACCAUUUUUGAAGUACUCGAGAGCCAAGGGGACCAUGAGGGUGAAAGAAGCCUGCUGGUCUUGGUGUCAGGGGAGAUCUAUGGAACCAACAGUGAGUGGGAGACUUUUGAUGUCACGGAUGCCAUCAGGCGUUGGCAAAAUUCAGGGUCAUCCACCCACCAGCUGGAGGUGCACAUCGAGAGCAGGCAGGGAAUGGAGGAUGCUGGCAGGGGACAACUGGAAAUAGACAUCAGUGCCCGGAAUAAGCAUGAACCUUUGCUUGUUGUGUUUUCCGAUGAUCAAAGCAGUGAGAAGGAGCGGAAGGAGGAACUGAGUGAGAUGAUCGCCCAUGAGCAAUUUCCAGAACUGGACAACCUGGGUCUGGGUGGUUAUUCCAGCGGACCUGGAGAAGAGGCUUUGCUACAGAUGAGGUCAAACAUCAUCUACGACUCCACAGCCCGUAUCAGAAGGAAUGCAAAGGGCAACUACUGCAAGAGGACCCCGCUCUACAUCGACUUCAAGGAGAUUGGCUGGGACUCUUGGAUCAUUGCCCCACCCGGCUACGAAGCCUAUGAAUGCCGUGGUGUUUGCAACUACCCCCUGGCAGAACAUCUCACCCCCACGAAGCAUGCAAUUAUCCAGGCCUUGGUCCACCUCAAGAAUUCCCAGAAGGCUUCCAAAGCCUGCUGCGUGCCCACCAAGCUGGAGCCCAUCUCCAUCCUCUACUUAGACAAAGGUGUCGUCACCUACAAGUUUAAAUAUGAAGGCAUGGCCGUCUCUGAAUGUGGCUGUAGAUAGAAGAGGAAUCCUUUGGCUUAUUUAAUAACUGUAAAUGUGUAUAUUUUGUGCUCCUAUUUAAUGAGAUUAUUUAAUAAGAGUGUACAGAUCAUAGAGGCUUGCUGCCUUAGGGAACGUGACAGGAAGGUUUGUCAUAGGAAAUGCAUACUCUACAGUCUAGUCCCUUCCAAUCUGUUUCUCUCUGGACUUGCCAUUUCCUGGCAAUGCCAUCUUCAACAGCAAGCCCACACUCCUUGCCCUCUAUGUCAUCUUGAAAGCAACACCCCUAAACAGAAAUACAGUGUCGAGAGGUAGAUAUUUCUAGAUGUAUUUGUGUACAUAGAUCAACUCAUAACACCCUUUUGGUUCCAUAGGGGCAGAGUUCACGCACACGUGCAUGACCCAGUCAAAUGCGUUUGUGUUGAAACCCACUGGUACGUUCCCAGUCACCUCUUCUCUGAGUAGGAUUUACAUCAAGAUCAAUUGCCCCCGGAAUUUAACCAUCCUAGGAUGUAUUGCAUUUCCCAGGUACUAUUGGAAAUGUAGAUGUAGCCUUUGUCAGUUGAGUUUCUGCCAUUAUUCAGAGCAGCAGGGCCUGGUAAAGGAGGCGGCAUGGUUUGGGAAGGGCUUCUUGGAUUCAGAAACCAAAUGGCCUCAAGAAGCAGUUGCCUCAACGGACAACAGCAAAGAGUGAGCCCAGGCGGGAGCAAGGUGCUCUAGAGGGCAGUGCCUGGUCAAGAAAGGAAACCAGGGGGGACUUUAGGCUGACAUUGGUUCCCGAGGCAAUAGAAAGCAAGGCCAUGUGGGUGGGCCUUUAUGGCUGCAGAGGGUAACGGGGGUGGGAAGGGGCAGAGGAUAGAGAUGCUAACCUAGGAUGUGUUUGUAAAAUUCUAAGCAGUUCUAACUGGAGAGUUAAAUAUUUUGGACACAAUAAAAUUAUCACAGCCCAAGAGGAGGAAAACCAGAAGGCAUCUGUUUGUUGGACUCUUCACUUCGUACUCUUUUUCUUCAAGUCUUCAUAUUUCUCCUUUGCCUCUGAACCUCUGCCCUGCUUACUUCCACCUUUCCCCUUCCCUCUCUUUUUUCCCCCAGCACCUUGUAUCCGUCUCUCAUUCCCAUAUCUCCUGUCUUCCCUGGUCUUCCUUGCUCCUCCCUGGAAAGCAUUUUCUCUUAGGACAAAAGGAGUUAGUGCUCUAAUUUCUAGAAUUCCCCCUGAAGGUUGAUUGCUAUUAUCUUUUUAUAUUAGCAAUUUAGUUGAUUGCUAAUAUCCUUUAUAAAAUGUUUUGUUUGUGAGGAAUUCUUAAGAAUUCUGUACAAAAGAGAAUCAGAGUCAAAAUGAAUGCACUUGGAUUAAUGAAUUAAUAAAUAGAUACACAAAAAAAUGACUUGAAAGCUAAGCCCACAUUUGGAAAUCAGAUUGGCCCCAUGGUAGGAAACCUGUAGCCUUCCCAUCCUUCCCACUCUGUAGUCUUUCCAUUUGGAAAGUGUCCAGGACUAAGGGACUGUGAAAUAUACCUGAUGAGCAAAGUCCAGGCAUCUGCCCAGCAACUGGCCAGUUGGAAGGAUGCUGAGACUCUGGCUCUGUCCCAGUGCCAACCCCCCACCCCACCCCCACUCCCAGCCCAGGCGGGACUGAAAGCAUUGCUCAGGGAGGACCAGGGCAAAGGGUUUCUUAAACUGUUCUGACACCUCCAGGCAGAUGACACAAAUGGUCCAAGCUAGUGGGGAAUGUGGUUUCAGGUACAUUGACCCCACCACCACCACCACUGAGUGCUGCAAUUUUUUUCUCUUUACCCCAGGAAAUCAUCAGCCUCUCUUUUGCAAACCUCUGGGGUCAUAAAUACAUCUUGCACUAGAAAAUAGGGGAAAGGGAAGCUAUUUUGAAAGACAUUUGGCCCAGUGUGGACCUCAGCUCUGCUCAUCUAUUGUUUGCUGGUGAAUAUCAUUGCCCCUAGAAGAGUGGUAUUUUGGCCAUCAGUAUAUAGAGAGGGACUGACAAUUUGAGAUAGUCAUGCAACUCAGAAUCAUUCAUUCAUAGAAUACCCUCCAUAGAAAAUGGCGUGUGUGUGUGUGUGUGUGUGUGUGUGUGUGUGUGUGUGUGUGUAACUGGUUUUAUAGAGCCACGCUUAGUGGUCCUCGGUGGAAUGUGGUACAACUUUUAUAUCCAUAUACUCACCAUAUACUCACUUGCUCUACAGUACUCAUCUUUUCUAAAAGACACUGUAAGAGACAGCCAGUAAGACCUUGGUGGAGAGGGAUUGGUCUAGUUAGAUUAAAAAAAUCAAACAAACUUUUUCUUAAUAUGUAAAAUAUUUAAGACAGUGGUAGAUUGGUGAACUCUUUAUAACCAGCAAUGAUGGGGUAGGGGAGAGCUCUGACUUGUGGGUUUAUAUGAUGUGAACACCCUCUCCAUGGCCCAUUUUAAGCUACCAAUGGGAUGUCAGCCAGCUAGAAAAAUUCCCAAAAACGUAACAGUAGCCAUGCCUGCCAGCUCCUAUACCCGCCUGCUAAUAGCACACUGAUAUUAGCACCCUAAAGGCUCUGCUUUCUACACGCCCUCGGCUUGGUCCUGCCAGGUUCCUGGAGAAGCCUUGUCUUGAGCCCUUAUAAUCACCCUUCCAUUAAAGAGACGUGAAAAUCUCGGCUGUUGGCAACCAGAGUGCCCAUCCAGAUGCUUCUCCUUUUACCACGGUCCAGGUGUAAACAUGCAUUUCUAAGACUGCCUUCCACCCUAUGGGAAGAGAGUGCAGAAAGCCCCUUGUUGGUUAUUUAAAUGUUGCUGGGGCAUUCUUUUUCUGGCUUUCUUCUCAUCAAAAAAUGAAAACACACCAAAUAAUAGCUGACCCUUCCCAGCUCCCCCAGGCCUCCUGAAGCAUGCCUGCAACUCCCCAAAUCACUGAAUUAAUACCAAGCCAGGAAAGCGUCAGAUCCUUAGGAAAGUAGAAUUCACUACUGGGUUCUCUGGCUAUAGACCUUUGCUAUAUCCCACACCAGCUUUUUUUUUGACACUUUUCUGGCUGAAUUAAUUAUCACUGAAGUUGAUAAAUAGUAAUGACUCGAGGAGAAGGCUCUGUGAGGGACUUUGGCAGCCAACAACCAAAAUAUUCAUGUACAAGUUUCUAGGUUUCCUACUAUUUAUUGAUGGAUAUAUUUAUUUUUUGUAAUAUAGUGUAGAAUACCAAAUAUUUUAUUUUUUAUGUUUGUGAUUCCCUCUCGGAUCAAAGAGUCUUUUGUGCUUUUCCAAGCGUAUCUUCCCCUGAGAAGGACUCUUUUUACAACGUAUGGCCUAUAUUUUCUUCUCUCUUGGCCUCAACAUUUCCUGGUAGCUUGAGAAGCCUUGCUAUAAGCUUGCCGUGACUUUGUAUAUUUGUAUCUUGUAGGCAUGCUGUGAGCCCCUCGGCAUAUUUAACGAUUUGUAAAUAGAAUGGUUUUCACUCCAGCGUAGGUGUUCCAGAAAAGAAUCAACCAAUGAAUGUCAUUCCGAUGAGCUGACAUUGUCAUUUUACGGUGAGAGGCAAAUGUUAGGCUGUGAGGAACUGUGACUGCUGCUCAGUGAAUGGAGACAAUAUUUAAUUGGGGCCUUUCUGCUCCCACACUGGGUGCCCCCCACAACUGACUGUAUCCAUCACCUUCACUAACCCACCAAUUCAGAGACCUGAUUGGACAAAUCCAUUUGUCAUUUUCUCCCCCCUGUCUUUUUUAAGGCUGCACCUAUGGCAUGUGGGAUUUCCUGGGCUAGGGGUCCAAGCAGAGCUAUAGCUGCUGGCCUACCCCACAGCCACAGCAAUGCCAAAUCCAAGCUAUGUCUGCAACCUACACCACAGCUCACGGCAACGCCGGAUCCUUAACCCACUGAGCGAGGCCAGGGAUGGAACCCGUGUCUUCAUGGAUGCUAGUCAGAUUUGUUUCCACUGAGCCACGAUGGGAAGUCUGACAAAUCCAUUUGUAAUUGGAUCAAUGACUCUAUAAAUGUGAAAAAUCUUAAUUUAGUGAUUUCCCCAAAGAAUCUGCCUCAAAGUACUUACUUCUUUCCCUGUGCAUAUUUUUUUUGUCAGGGAAAUUCAUGGUAAAUAUUUUCCCCAGAACUGCUAGUAAAUAUUUUAGUAUUCUUUGGAAUCUUUUUUAAGGAAAAGAUAUCUUCAUUGAAAGGAGUUUUACAUUUGACUUCUUACUGGACACAUCCACUGACCAUCAAGUUCAGCAGUGUUUUAGCAAAGCCAUUUGCAAUUUGUCUGUAACAUUGAGGGGAUGUUGCCCUUUUUAAAGACUGUGCAUCUUUUUGUAGCGUCAUCGUGGGUUCUACUUAACCCUUUUCUGAUCUGGUAAAAAAAAAAAAAAAAAAAAAAAAAAGCAAUGUUUCUGUGACUUUGUGCAUUUUCUUGCCUCCAACGAGGACAUUUGGUUUCACACAUUAGAUGAGAGGAAAGUAGAUAACACUGUGUAAGAACAGCAUAAAAGGGUGUUUCUGGAUGUGGAAAUGUAUCCAUAAAUUAAUAACCCCAUCAAGGAAUGACCAUUUGUUGUGAGCAGCAUGUUUCUGUCACACACAUGAGCACUAGUUUUGUGAGUGUCUGGCCUGAUCGCAGUGGGGAUGCAGACAAGCUCGUGCCCACCUAACAAGCCUCCGCAAAUGUAGAACAUUUAACUAAUCCCAGGGUCACACCGGCUCAGCUGAAGCAUGUUCAUGUUCUCAUGUAAAACUGUGUCCAAAGUUACAUAGUAACUAUUUGACUGAAGUUGGAAAUAAGUAUUUCACACUGUGGUCAUAGGCAACCUGUGUACAUUCAGAAUCAUCUUGUUAAAUAAAAUGGAAAAAUUAUU